CGUCACUUCUUCCGAAACCUUGGAUCCAUUUUAGCAUAUGCAUUUCUUGGAACAGCAAUUUCCUGUUUUAUGAUAGGGUCCAUCAUGUAUGGCUGUGUGGCGCUGAUGAAAGUGAUGGGGCAGCUUGGAGGAGACUUCUAUUUUACCGACUGCCUGUUCUUCGGUGCCAUCGCCUCCGCUACAGAUCCUGUUACGGUCCUCGCCAUAUUCCAUGAACUUCAAGUGGACGUUGAGCUCUACGCCCUUCUCUUUGGAGAGAGUGUCCUCAACGACGCGGUGGCCAUUGUGUUGUGUUCUUCAAUCAUUGCCUACCAGCCCGCAGGAGACAACAGCCACACUUUUGAUGUGACAGCCAUGUUCAAAUCCAUCGGGAUUUUCCUCGGGAUCUUCAGCGGAUCGUUUGCCAUGGGGGCUGCCACAGGUGUCGUCACCGCACUGAUAUCCUUCGUUUGUCCGUCGGAAACUUUGUUUUUGUUUCCGAGCGAGGAGGUUCGCAGCUCAGGAAGCCGUAAAAACCGGCAGAGUCAGGAGGUUUGCCCAGGGAAAGAAUUCAGAAUUCUGGACUGGUUUUGUCAGUAAACACCUCACAUU